GGUCACGUGCUGCUGACACAAGUUUAUAAAAGGGAUCUCCUGCGCGGCCGCAGAAUUCCGCUUUGGGGCUAUUAUGUCGGAAGAAGGGGAAGAACAGCCUGCUGUAGCUGCUCCUCUUUCGCCUCAGGAGGGUGAUCGAGGUGAAGGUGGCGAAGACAUCCCGGAAAGUGGAGGAGCUGGAGCCGCGCUGGAGGUGUUCGAGCCGGCUCCCCGCUCAGCUGUUUCCCCGGUGACCGAGGAACCUGCUGGAGACACGAGGAAGAAAAUUGAUGUUUUGCUCAAGGCUGUUGGUGAUACUCCUAUAAUGAAGACAAAGAAGUGGACAGUAGAGAGAACCCGCACAAUCCAAGGCCUCAUUGACUUUAUCAAAAAGUUUCUCAAGCUAGUAGCCUCUGAACAGCUGUUUAUUUAUGUGAAUCAGUCCUUUGCUCCUUCACCAGACCAGGAGGUUGGGACACUAUAUGAGUGUUUUGGAAGUGAUGGCAAACUGGUACUGCAUUAUUGCAAAUCUCAAGCCUGGGGAUGAAUUAGGAGCUGCCAUUGCUUAAGACUGUUAAAAAAUUAGUGGGCUAUAAUAAACUUCAGCAACAUUCCCCAUGGAGAAGCGGAAGAAAUGUGCAUUCUUGCCCGUGGAAUUAAUUUCAUUCUUAUAUUUUCUCUCCAUGAAUACAAAAAUACACAGGGUUUUUAACCUUAGUUCAUUGGGUGGGUUGCUUGUGGAAAUAAUUGUGCAUGUGCCAUGUGUACAGCCAGGCUAGCCUUUCAUUGGUCCAGUACUUUAAAAAGCUUGUUUCUAGGGGAAGGAUACCAUCUCCUAACCUGGAGAGUACAUAGAUCAUCAUUUUGCCAGGCUGUGCAGAAGUUAGAGCUUCACUCUUAGGAGGAUGCCUACUGUACAUAAGCUACUGAAGUAUCUGCAUGUAAGAUAAAUUGUUACAUUUUCUAUUCA